GGUGCCCAUCGGAUUCCUGUCUUGCUGCUGCUGGUCUUUGCUCCUACGCUUCUUCUCCAGUCUCUCGGACGACGACGACGAGACAGACAGACAGAGGAGCACGAGGAGGACGACGACUCGCGGGGAGAUCGAGGGCAAGGCAAGGCAAGGCAAGGAUGGAGGACGGACGAGGCCACAGCCAAAGAUCAUCAGCGACUCUCACACAAAAGACAUGCUGCUGCUGAGACAGGCGGGGAGGUGCUGCAGCUGCUACAACAACAGCAGGCAGAAAGCAGCGUCGUAGGAAAGUGAAGAAGAAGAAGAAGAAAGAUUCUCUUCCCUCUUCCUUCCUCUUCUUCGUGCUUAGACUUCGUGCCUGCAAUUUGACGAUAUUGUGGAACGAUUGAGGCAUGUAGAGUGAGCGAUCUGGCGUGAGAGAGAGAGAGAGAGAGAGAGAGAGAGAGAGAGAGAGAGAGAGAGAGAGAGAGAGUGGAAGCUCUUCGUCCCUGCCCCUUCCUCGGACGCGGCAGACGAGAAGGACGAGGACGAGGAGUAUCACUUUUAACCGGAUUGCAACCCUAAUCCGUACGAGGGAUUGGAGUUCGCUCGGUGGCUUUCGAGGUCGUUGUGAAUAGUGGGUGGGGUGAUUCGAGCGCAGGCCUCUCCACUUAUGUGCGUAGAGAGACGAUAACUCUCGCGGUAGCUUGUCUGGUGCCAAGUUGGUGAUGCUGGAUUGCCUAGGAACCCGAGGACUGUUUGCUGGUAGUCAGAUCUGCGGGACGUUUGUCGAGUCGAGGAUUUGCCCCGGGUGACGGUGAUUGAAUAGGUGACGAGAGCAAGUGUUUUGAAGGGCAAUGGAUGUUUACCGUUCGAAAGAGGUUGUGAAGGAGCAAGAGCGUCUGGGCACUUGUCACGAGGUUUAGGUGGGGAACUGUGUUUGUCAACCCGGGACCGAAGGCGAGACGCGUAGUACCAUGUUAGUAACGGAGGCUGUUUCUAACUCCUUGAGACUUCAGGGAUGUUCGAGUAGAUAAUUUGCUAGAUUUUAAUCACUUUUUAUGAACGCACUUGCCUUUUUGGUGCAGUAGAAAGGCUUGUGGCUAUAUACACUAACUUCCAUCGAGAACUUUGAAGGCAACGAAGAGUUAUACUAUCAUAUGACACCAGGGAAUGAGACAUUAGUGGUUGGGAAGGGCUUGAUGCUUUACUGAAGAACAUGAGACAACUCUCCUUGUGGGGCACGAAGUCAGGUUGUCAUGAGCACAGAGAAGAGUUGGAAGAAUAUGUAGCCUCAAUGGAAUUGUACGGCUUCCCUUUACCCAGGGACCGGUGACACUUGUAAAGCACUUCGCGCUUGAUUGCAAUCUCUUGGGAUUGCGCUCAUUCUCCCUUCGUUUCCGAUUCCAGAGAUUAUGUGGUCCGCGUUUCGACAAUGAUAAGCAAGAGUCAUGUCACACACGCCGGUGCAUAAUACACAGUUGGCAAGGACAUGGAAUACAGCUCAACAAAGCAGGACGAAGAGGUCGAGAGCAAGCCUUUGAACAGGGAGUGAACAGGGAGAUAUUCUGCGCUACGGUGGGGCCUUCGAUCAUUGUCAAGAAUUUGCACUGAAGUCGGUGUAGUAGAGAGCGGGUGUAGUCGAUAGUUGUUUCAAGAGUUUGGAGUAGGCACGGAAGAGUUUGAUAGCUUACUUUUGUUGUUUGGAAACUUGGAGUCCCUGGAGGAUGCGUUUGUUGGUCAGAUAGCAUCCCUUCAACAGCGACCAGGAGGUCUAUUGUGGCAGUUCUAUAAACACUUAUUUGGGAUUUUGCCGAGCUCUUGGUCACGCACCGGAUUCUUCCUCUCUUGGAAAGACUGUGGUCUACAAGACCAUACAAGCUCAUUCAUUCCUAAUAUGCCCUUUUCUCCCAGGAGGCACGAUUGCACCUUCCUCGGCGUUUGCUCUCUCGGUCGUAUUUAGGCUUUCUUGACGGCACAUCAUGGACAGCGAGGGUGGAUCACAAGUUGCCCUGGACACCUACACCAGGAGCAGUCCCCCAUUUCUUCCACACCAGUUUUUCCCUGGUGCAAGAGUUCGUGAGACUGUGAACGGUGGAAGGCAAGGAUCGCUUGAUCAUGGAGCGUACAACCAUCAAUAUAAUGGGGCGAGGAUGGCUGAUUGGGACGUCAAAAGUUGGGACUGGGACCACGUUCUCUUCUUAGCCCAGCCAAACCCACAAGCUGCACAACCCAUUGAACUUCAGCGAACGUACCAAACUGACGAUAACGGCAGCAGGCGGAAGUUCCACGCCCCCAGCAGGGACGGGGUGGUAUUAAGGCUUGAUGGCACGUCUACAAGUCCAGACCAUAAUGGCUCCAGUGAUCAUGACGAUCCCUAUGUAAGUGAUCGGAGAAGGAAACAUCAUCUAGGGUAUCAAGACAAUGGGUAUGGUAACUCCGACAAAGCGCAGCCUUUUCUGCGUGAUGGCUCUUCUCCAGAAGAAGAUGCAGAGUCAUUGAGCCUAAAACUGGGUGGCCAUUCCUAUGCGUAUUCCGAUGAUGCGGGCAAUGGCCCUCGUGGGACGAAGCGGUUCCGUUCUUCUUCGCCUGGCCCUCAAUUCCCGAUGUGUCAGGUUGACGACUGCAAGGCCGAUCUGAGCCAUGCAAAAGAUUAUCACAGGAGGCACAAAGUUUGUGAGAUGCAUGCUAAAGCAGGAAAGGCGUCGGUUACUCGGCUUAUGCAGCGGUUCUGUCAGCAGUGCAGCAGAUUCCAUCCCCUUACGGCGUUUGAUGAAGGCAAGCGGAGCUGUAGAAGAAGACUGGCCGGUCAUAAUAGUCGUAGAAGGAAAAAUCAACCUGAUCCAACUGCUGCCCGGGGCUACGGUAACGGCGAGGAAAAUGGCGCAGGAAAUGUUGCUGGGCUUGUAGGCAUCCUGAACAUUCUGACUCAACUUCAAGCCGUCAGCUCCGUGGGAGCCAUUCAAGGAGCGGUGAGCGAGCGUGAGGCUUUAGUGAGGCAGUACCUGAAGAAAGGUAUUACACCGGCCGGUCUCGAAGGAGCAUCAUUGGCGAACCUUUUUAAGGUCAAUGGAGUUUCUGCCGAAAAUGGGAGGCCAGAUCUCAAGCCUCAGUCAAGCACCAAUGACGCCACGCACAAUGGAUCUGCAGAACCAGCAGAUGCCUGGUUUUCCGCUUUAGCCUCGGCUGCCGCCGCCCCUGCAACAACGGAAACUUUAUCGUUCCUGCUGCAAAGUCAGUUAGCGUCUGCUUUAUUGAAAGCCGCCGAAGUUCCUCAUGCCAGCGUAAGCACUGGGAAUGGGUCAUUGCCUUUGGCUUCCCUUGGUGCAAGGAUGCCAGAGAAGGAUGUUGAACAUGCGGUUGCUUGCCCACCAUUGUUGUCCUUAUCAUCUCCGAUGGUGACUAGGCCACUUGAGACGCACCUGGCAUCAUCUUCUAGGUCUAGGUCUAACAGCAUUCUUCAACAGGGUAUUUUGGAGAAUUCUGUUCACCGUGGUGAACAUCAACAAACAGACCUGCAAUCAGGCAAAGUCUCACCAUCGGCUGUGCCACAAAAGCUCUUCCCCGUUACGCAAGCUUCAGAAUACAGGGGUAGCGGAAAUGGAAAACUUGACGUCAACAGAGAUGACGAUGGUGCUACUGAAUCGACGUCAGACGGGGAAGCACCAGCGUCGAUGAUGACUUUCAUGGAAGGCCAGGAGUCAAGAAACCUGCAAGAAGUUGUUUCGCAUCCUUCACGUCCUUGUAUAGAUCUUCAGCUACCUCCCCCUCAAAAUUUGAGCGAGAGUUCACCUUCCGGCUCUGAUAACUCUCCCUCGAGUUCAUCACAUGAUUGGCAGGGUCGAACUGGGCGAAUAACCUUCAAACUUUUCGACAAGGAUCCAGGAGAACUUCCGCAGUCUCUCCGUAAAGAGAUUUUAGAGUGGCUCGCUCACAGGCCAUCGGACAUGGAGAGCCACAUUCGUCCUGGCUGUGUUGUUCUCACAAUUUUUCUGUCCAUGCCCAGUUUGGCUUGGGGAGAGCUAGAGAGUAACAUGCGGGCUAGUUUACAGAGGCUGACAUCUUGUGGGACGUUCUGGUGUAAUGGUCGAAUUCAUGUACAAGUGGAACGGCAAAAUGCCUUGAUUGUAGAUGGCAGGGUACACAUAAAUAAACCGAAAGGAUCGAGAUUGCCUCAAAUAUUGUCAGUUCGGCCGCUAGCUGUUGUUGCAGGUCAGAGCACCAAGAUUUUUAUAAGGGGAUCAAAUCUCAAACGACCUGGGACAGGGAUUUUCUGUCCAUACCAAGGAAAAUAUAUGGCUGAAGGGGUUCAGUGGGCCGAUGGACAGCAAGCCAGAGAAACGGUUCCCCCAGGUCGUGCUGAAAGUGAGGAAGCAGGCACUGGGGAAGAUGCGCUCGAGUUCACCUUCAGCGGUGGUCUCCCCGGCAUUGUGAGCCGCUGCUUUAUCGAGGUAGAGAGACAAGCUGGUGGUGGAGAUGCAGUGCCAGUCAUAGUAGCAGACAAUCCAGUGUGCUCGGAGAUUCGCUCUUUAGAGCAAGAAAUUGAGAAUCAAGGCUUGAUUGCAGCAAAUCAAGCAAAGCUCAGUGGCUGCGAGCCAGAAGAGGUUUUCCAUCAGAUUCGUGUUGCCAGGGCCAUGGCUGAGUUGGAAGUAAAAAAUGUGCUGAAUGAGCUUGGGUGGCUUUUUUUGAACAGUCAAACCAUCCAUCCCUUGGUUGACCUUCCUCUGCUCGUUCCCUCUCGCCAGAAGCGCCUCUUAGUUUACGCCGUGGAGCGCGACUGGUGUGCUGUUGUGAAGCAGAUAUUGGACAUUAUCUUUGCGCUCGGUCUCUCUUUGGAAACGGGAGGCCAGACUUUGAAUGGAUUGGUUGAAAUUUUUGAUGAUGAAACCAGCCUGCUUCAUAGAGCCGUGAAGAAAAAGUGCAGACCUAUGGUGGAGCUUUUGCUGGCUUACGUUCCAUAUUCUGGGGUUGACGAUGGUGAUGUGAGAGUGCAACAAGUUCUAUCCAGACUUUCCAGGCACGGUUCACAGUAUAGGUGUAUAUUUACACCUGAUGUGGCCGGGCCAGAGGGCUUUACUCCACUGCAUGUCGCUGCAAGUAUGGAGGGUGCGGAGGGGAUCAUUGAUGCGCUCACGAGUGACCCGAAUUAUAUCGGUUUACACACUUGGUCGCAUGUGCAAAAUUCCAUGGGGGAGACUCCCUUUGCUUGUGCGCUGGCCGGGAAGAAGGCAUCGUACAUGCAGUUGGUGAGAAGUAAGCUUGCGAGGAGGGAUGGUCAAGUCACUAUCAACAUGCCAAUCAACAUGCCAAUAAGUGUCAGCAGCAUCUUUGGGCAUCCAAGUACCAGUGCCGCGAAUAAUCCUCAGUAUUCUCUGGAGCUUCCAGUGUGGUCAAACAGGGCAUUCCCGCAAGUGGAGAUGCCUGUUGCCGCAAGACUUGUUCAUCCUAGACGAUGUAGUCAUGUCCCAGCAUCCAUGCGUCAUAGAGCUUCAAGAGCAUCUCUCUACCGGCCCUUUAUGGUGUCAAUGGUUGCCGUCGCUGCCUUGUGCGUGUGUGUCUGCGUUGUGAUGAGGGGCCCUGUCACGAUACGCUUCAUUUUGCCCCCGUUUUCAUGGAACUCUGUGAAAUUUGGGUUUCAAUAAGACCGGGCCAAGGCAAGACUGGAUAGCGCAGGAAGAUGAGAAGCAAACCCUCAAAUCUUACAAUCCAUUCAUACAAUUUAGUUUUUAAUUUUUUGUCAGAGGGCAUGCGUGCCCAAGACUUGACAGCUGCUUGUAUUCACUCCAAUAGCUGUCUUCACACAUCACUCAUUCUUCCUGAGUGCCUGCGUUUUAAUCAAGGGUGUUGAGAUCCCGGGUAAUUAUAGCUUUAACCUUCAUAUGUGGUCUCUCUAGUGCCCUUGAUCUUCUGCACUACAGACCCUAGCUACCGUGGAUCUAUAAUAUGUAGCAUCAGUGUACAUUUGUAAGAGAUCUGUUGUGUUUAGAAGAUCAAUUUCGACAUGUAAGCAGUUGAGUGUUAGCACUCUCCAGUGAGAAGAAGCACCUGAAGAUAAUUUGGUUGAAAUUCCUCCUUCCGGAAGCGCAGGAAACAUAUUAUUUGCAUCGAUCAUUCUUGAUUUCAUUCCAGUGAUCUAUAUAAUUUUCCCUUGAUUGAUAUAUAUCGAUCUUCUU